AAGAGCUAAACUUAAUAAUGAAGAAAAAAAAAUUCAAUUGCAAAUUAAAAAAGCUGCGCAACGAGGCAGCAAAGAAGAAGUAAAGGCGCUGGCAAAGCAAAUUGUCGGCGUUAGACAGCAACGCGAGAAAUCUUUUAAGGCAACUGCGAAGUUUAACGAGCUCAGAGGGAAUAUUUCAGAAAUGAAUAUCAAUAGUAAAGUUGCUAAUUCAGUUCAAGCGGCCUCCAAAGUAAUGGCAGGAGCUAAUAAAUCUAUGAAUAUCCAUCACGUGCAGAAGACGAUGGCCAACUACCAAAAAGAGAGCGAACUCGCUGGAAUUCGUAACGAAUUAAUUGAAGACACGAUGAAUAGUUUAACUGAAGAUAAUGAAGAAGAAGAAGAAAAUGUUGUGAAUGCAAUUUUAGAUGAGAUUGGAAUUGACAUUUCCUCGGGGUUGAAGGCUCCAUCUUCGUCACUUCCUGCUUCUGAAGCUGCUGAUUCCGAAGCAGACUUGUUAGCUCGGUUGCAAGAAUUAAAAAGUUGA